AUGUAUUUUUCUUUCUUUUCUCCUCCUUCCCUUUCCUCAAUCCAUCCUACCUCUGAUCUGAGACGAGACACAACAAUUCUCAUUCAUUUUCUUCUCCAAGAGCAGAGAGAGCUCAGAGGCAUCUCUAUCCUCGACGACGGGGUUGGCGGCGGGCUCCGAAGAAAGCUCAAGAGAGUCGCGAACACGGUUAGAGAGUAUACCGAUCAGAGAGAUAAUGAUAGAGAAAAGGAGCGAGAUCCGGUGUGA